GUUGGACUUAAAGUCUCCACCUCAAACCCUUUAACGUCCACAAACCGGAUCAUUGUGUGUGUUGUGUAUAAUCUCUUCACACAGAGCUCUGGACAUGGCGGAGGUUUUGUGGACUUUGAUGUUCUUAAUGUUCUCCUCGCACUUAGUAGACUCAUAUCCAGGCAGUAAAUGUGGCUCUCCGACACUGUAUUCGGGUAAAUUGCUGGAAGAGAAUUAUUCACGGAGGCGUGUGUUUGAUUCCGGAGACAGAGUGCAGUAUAAAUGUGAGUUCGGCUACACGCACGACAGAGGGUCACGUUUCUCCGUCUGUAACAACGGCGUGUGGAGUCUUCUGGAGCUCAGGUGUAAAAAGAAAAGCUGCGGUUCUGCCGGUGAGAUACUGAACGGAAAAUUCAGACAGACCGGGAACGUUUUCGGAGACAUAGCUGAAGCGGAGUGCGAUCCGGGCUAUGUUCUAAAAGGAGAGCCCAUUAGGGAAUGCCGGGGUAACGGAUGGACUGGAACGAUUCCUACAUGUGUUGCUGAUUUCACUUCAGCCGUAGAAUGUUCAGUACCCAUGAGAAGUAAAAAUGCUGUGUAUCAAGCUACAAAGGCCAAAUAUCAACCUGGAGAGACCUUAGUCUACUCCUGCCAUGUUGGAUUCCGUUCGACUGGCGAUAGCAACGUUCUGCACUGUGACAGAAGCGGAAAGUGGAACCCCAGUCAUGCAAACUGUCAAAAGAUCAAAUGUGAGAGAUUUACCAUACCCAAUGGUAAAGUAAAGUUUGGUCAUCUAACCUUUAACGUAAAAGUAAACAUAAGCUGCAAGGACGGGUUCCAUCUCCAAGGGCCGAGCGUCGUCACCUGUGGAGCAGACGGCUCCUGGACUCCAGCUCUACCCACCUGUGAACAAGCGAUGCCCAAACAGCUCACAUGCCUGCCCCUAGCCGUGCCCAACAGCAUCAGACAUGACACAUACAAGAUGGAAUAUGCAGUCGGAGAACACGCUACCGUUUCCUGUCAGCUAGGCUUCGGGCUGAUCGGCUCGUCGCGGGUCACAUGCGGCGCGCACGGCCGAUGGCAGGAAAUUCCAGAAUGUCGAGUUCAUUCUGGGAGAUGCCAGCAUCCUCCGUUCCUCGCUAACGCACAUACUGUACACGUCGAGUCAAAUAUAUCUGUGCGCUUCAAAUGUAAUCCAGGCUACCGCAUGGUUCGAGGACCGAGCACCGUAUACUGCAGAAACGGCCGGUGGACCGACUUAAAGAUGAUAUGCGAAAGGAAAAAGUGUGGCUCGGCCGGAGAAGUACGGAACGGAUAUUAUCAAUACACAGGCUCUUUGUUCGGAGACACUGUUACAGCCAGGUGUAACAAAGGGUACCAACUGGUCGGUGCAGGUGUAAGAAACUGCACAGAAAACGGAUGGAACGGCAGAGAGCCAGUGUGUGAGGCGAUCCAGUGCCCUUAUCCUCAACAGGUGCCAGAUGCAGACUUAAUAUUUGACACAAGUGGAAUAAUACAACACGGCUACAUGGCGUCCUACAGAUGUCGCAUUGGCACGUUGAUCGGAGCCUCAGACAUUUACUGCACCGAAGAUGGCACAUGGAGUUCUCCGGCUCCUCGGUGUGAAGUUGCUACCUGCUCUGCCCCCAGUGUGUGGAAUGGGUUAAUAGUUUCUGGACUGAGACCUCGAUACCAAUCCGGGAGCUCGGUGACGUUCAUGUGCAACCCCGGGAAAAAAUUACUAGGCCCUGAUAUUGUCACGUGUGGGGCAGAUGGACUGUGGUUUCCCAGACUCCCUAUCUGUUCUGACAUCUUUCGUCGAGGGAUUUAAGAGAAGCUCAUCAGAGAAAUGUAACGCAUCAGCUUUCCUCUGUUUUCUGUGACACGCCACUUCGAAGCAUAUUGACGUCCCGUUAAAUCUAAUAUUUAAUACAAUCGUUUGAAUGUUAUAGUAAUAUAAUAAGCAGUUAAACUGUUGUCUUGCUUUCAUUUAUUACUGGUAUUUAAUAAUAAUAUACAGUAUUACUAAAUAUAUUCAGUUCUAUGUUCAUUCCUGAGAUUAAUUGUUUCUUAAAAAUAUUAUAUUUUCAUAGUUUGUCUUUUUUUGAAUUUAAAAAUGCCUAUUUUUAAAAAUUAAAACACACAGAUUUAAAAAAAAAAAAAUAAAUUUUUUUUUUUUUUUUUUUUUAUUCUGGGAUUUAUAUAGUAACCAGUUGGCAGAUUUUUUUCCUACACAUAAGUAACAUAAGCGUCUGAAUUCUGUCACUUUUUUCAUUUUAAUCCAAAUGACAUCGCUUUAACGUGUUACAUAAUAAGUUUUAUUUGUGUCUUAUUCUCUUUUUUUAAUUAAAAAGAUCCUGAUAUUUUUUUAACUAUAACAUUCAAUAAAUUUCUUUAACUCCCCUUAAAA